UUUGUGGCCGGGUUUGUUGUUCCUGUAGUCGUGUUUGGGAAGGUGGAUUUAUCCUUGCGGCACGUUACGCGUUGUGGAUGAGUUAGUGUUGAUAUUUUUUUGAGAAGAAACUUUUGCAUCUUUCCACAACGUUGACGGAUUGAACGCCAUUGGUUGCUUGCAAAACUUGGCUGAAUUGUGCCAUGCCUGAUUGUUUGUGUGUUUGGAUGGCUGCGCCUGGAUGCAGCUAUUGUGCAGCGCGCGUGGUUCUUUGAGGGGUGGGGUGGUUGUGGAAGAGGAUGCUCUGUUCGGGAAGGUGAUCGUUGAAACGCUCUGCGUGAAGAUAGGUUACGGCGAGUUGUGACAGGGAUUAGUGUUUUUCGUACAGUUGGGUUGUGUUUCUUUCCUGUCUCUCUCCUUUUGAAAAAUAAUUCAAGUAAGCGAUAUCAACAUGGACCAGCGAGAGAUAUUGGUGACGGUGAUUUCGGCCCAGGAUCUGAAGAAGGUGAACACCUUUGGGAAGAUGACGGUGUACUGCGUGGCAUGGAUAUACCCCUCCGUGAAGGUGUCAUCGCCGAUGGAUAAGAAUGGUAAUGCGAGCCCUACUUGGAAUGCUACGCUUAGGCUCAUAGCCGAGGAGCGUCUCGUGCAGGAUGGUAAUGCGGUUCUUGUGAUAGACCUUUACGACCAUGGAACUUUCGGCAACAAGCAUGUUGGUUCGUGCACGAUUCCCUUGCAAAGCCUGGCGAAAGCCAUCAAACCUACGGAGGUCGAAAAAGAUAAGGACAAAGCAGACAAGGUCCCAGCAGAUGAGGCGAAUGCUUCAGAGGGAAGCUCCUCAAACAGCGCCAACUUCAUGUCUGUGCCGGUGUUGAGGAAGUCUGGGAAAGCAAAAGGUACCUUGAAUGUAUCCAUCAAACUGGGAGAGCUGAUCAAAUACCCACAGCAACCAAUGGGAGCAGCUGCGCCACCUUACAUGAUGGGGAUGCCCGUGCCUGGUGGUAAUGGUAAAGAUGCUCCUGCGUAUGCAUACCCAGCUCCUGGCUAUCCUCCUGCUUAUGGCCAACCGGGUGCUGCCCAGCCUUAUCCAAUGUACCAACAGGGCCCUAUGUAUCAAACACCUCCUGGCGGUAUGCCUCCACCAUAUUAUCCACCGGGUGCGUAUGGUCAACCUCCUCCACGCAGAAGUAGCGGCAUGGGUGGUGGACUGGGAGCUGGUCUAGUGGGCGGUGCUCUUGGAGGGUUGCUAAUUGGCUCAAUGCUCAGUGAUGGUGGUGGCUGUGGUGGAGGCUGCGGUGGUGGCUGUGGAGGCUAAGAGUUUUGGUUUGUUGCGACCAGCGCCUUUUGGCAUAUGAACUACAUUUAUUUUCUGGAUACUUUUACUGUUUCAUAUGUUAUUUUCAUCAAGCAGGUUCAGGUACGACAUUAGAGUAGGAAGUUAAGCUGAGUAAUUGUACUUGCAAUAAGAGUUUUAGUUACUAAAACCAUGCUCUGCUCAGUAUUUCAGUAGAAUCCCAAUUAAUAGCUUUGUUGCUGACGAUAGUCAGACUCUAUUGGUUGCUCAAGGAACUCAUAAUAUUGAGUUUUAUGAAUGUUAUGAAUUUAGUACUUUUGUUGCUGAUUGUACAGCGGCUGCUGAUGUA